GUGAAGGGAGGAGGGACUAUUCGCUUCGUUGUCGCCCAAAUUAAUUUCAUAGUGAUUUACGACAUGAUCUUCAUAUGUGAAUUAAAAUAAAUUACAUUAUUUAGUGCAUGAUUUGUGUAUAAGUGUGAAUUUAAAACCUCCUUUACCGCUUGUUUAUUGCUACCGAUUACAUUCCGACCGCUCCCUGCAUAUAGGUAGUACGUCAGUCGUCAAGUAUUUUUCAUGCCUGUUUGUACUACUUACUCUAGUAGCGGCCGUAAUAGUAAAAGCUGUUGGAAAGUGCAUUCGUAGUGGAAAUUGUUAGUGUAAAAAAACUAUCCCACGCUCCAUAUAAUAACGAGCGUUAUGAGGUGAUUGUGAGGCUGUGCAUUUUGCAAGAUUGUAGCCAUUUUCGGUGACCCAAAUCAACGUGCAACAGUAUUAUCAAGAGCAGCUCACAAUGACUACUCCCUUUAACACAUUAAUUGACAAUUAAGUAAAUAGUGAAUUAGACAUGAUAAGCAUAACACAACAGAAAUGGACGGCGUGAAGAAAAUACAUUCCGGAACACUGUAUCGCAACGGUCCGGUGGAGGGCGCGUACGGUCCGCAACACAGUCCGGUGUCGCGGUCGGACGCCUCCACUGAGGACGCGGAGCUGUCGGCUGCGUUAGCGCAUCAGCAUCAUCUAGCUAUGCAGGCUGGCGAUUACCAAGUGGGCGGCGGUGUGGGAGUGGGAGUGGACGCUGACUACGGGCAGUAUGUCUCCUCGCCGGCCACGCAUUACAACCACAUGGGACAUUUGACUAUGGCGCCGUCACAGAAAUACCCACACGUAAUGGACUCGGUGUCUGUAAGCGGUGGUGGAAGUUACGGCGGUGCGGGGGGUGCCGGUCAUUACGGCACUUACGGACAUUAUGGAGCCGCGGCGUACCAACCACAGCCAACCUAUAUGGUUGAGCCACAAAUGGUCGACGCUCCACCACAAGUUGCUGCCUAUUUGGGACCGGAAUAUGGCGAGGGGGGAGGCAGUGCAUCACCUAGAAGUGCAUCUCCUGGGGCUUUACCACAACACAAUUUACACUUACAACAAAGGUACGACUCGGCGUCGCUGGAGCAGCUGGGGCGGCACUACUGCGUCACGUCCCCGCGCGGCGAGUACGCGGCCGACGGCUACGGCUAUCAGCAUUACCCGGCCGCGUACGACCCGCCCCCGCACCAGCCGCCGCCCUUCAAGGACUCGCAAAAUGGACUCAGCCUAGGCAGCGCGGGUGGUCAGUCGAUGUAUGGUGAUGAAGAAGAACUACAGAAGCAAAUGGCAGGAAUGGCCUUAGAUUCAUAUGCAGUGCACGGCGUGGGCGUGGGCGGUGUGGGCGUGGGCGUGGGUGGGCGUGAGGACGGCGGCGGUCUGCAGUGGCGCGACCCCAACCUGCCCGAGGUCAUCGGCUUCCUCAAUUCGCCCUCUGACGUCGUCAAGGCGAACGCCGCUGCCUACCUCCAACACCUCACAUAUAUGGACGAUCCUAACAAGCAGAAGACGAGGAGUUUAGGCGGGAUCCCGCCACUGGUGCGGCUGGUGUCGCACGAGAACCCGGAGGUGUGCCGCAACGCGUGCGGCGCGCUGCGCAACCUGUCCUACGGCCGCCAGAACGACGAGAACAAGCGCGCCAUCCGCGACGCGGGCGGCAUCCCCGCGCUCAUGGCGCUGCUGUGCCGCGCCGCCGACAUGGAGGUGAAGGAGUUGGUGACUGGAGUCAUAUGGAACAUGUCGUCGUGCGAAGAUCUGAAACAGUCAAUAAUAAACGAUGCAGCUCAAGUGAUUGUCAACAAAGUCAUCAUACCGCAUUCCGGGUGGCAUCCCACCAAUCCUGGUGACACUUAUUGGUCUACAGUGUUCCGCAACGCGUCGGGCGUGCUGCGUAACGCGUCGUCGGCGGGCGAGUACGCGCGGCGGCGGCUGCGCGGGCUGGCCGGGCUCAGCGAGGCGCUGUUGCACGCCGUGCGCACCGCCGUCGCAGUCAAUGCCAUCGGCACCAAGAUCGUCGAGAACUGCGUCUGCGUGCUGCGCAACCUCUCCUACAGAUGUCAAGAAAUUGAAGACCCGUUUUACGACACAAGAGCACCACCCACACAGUCAUCAGGGCAAGCUAGAAUACAGGCUAGUGCUUCCAAAGGCGAGAAUCUCGGUUGUUUUGGUGGCAGUAAAAAGAAAAAGGAAGGCUCAUCAUCAUCAAACUCGACUAGCCCACUUGGAAAGAGUGAACCGGAGAACCAACCACUGGGGGACACCACACCGGACCCACAGCUCGGGUACAGUGUACCCAAGGGUACUGAAAUGCUGUGGUCUCCUGAGGUGGUACCUCUAUAUAUGGCGCUGCUACAAACGUGCUCGAACCCUGAGACGCUGGAGGCAGCGGCGGGCGCGCUGCAGAACCUCGCCGCCUGUUACUGGCAGCCCUCCAUCGACAUCCGUGCCGCUGUCAGAAAGAGAAGGGGUCUACCAAUUCUGGUGGAGCUGCUGAGGAUGGAGGUAGACCGCGUAGUAUGUGCGGUGGCGACGGCACUGCGCAACCUGGCCAUCGACCAGAGGAACAAGGAACUCAUCGGAAAGUACGCCAUGCGGGAUCUCGUGCAGAAACUGCCAAGUGGGAACCAGCAGCAUGAUCAGGGUACGUCCGACGACACGAUAGCAGCGGUCCUGGCGACGCUGAACGAGGUGAUAAAGAAGAGCGGCGAGUUCUCGCGGUCGCUGCUGGAGGCGGGCGGCGUGGAGCGGCUGCUCAACCUCACCAAGCAGCGCCACCGCCACACGCCGCGCGUGCUCAAGUUUGCCGGCCAAGUACUAAUGACGAUGUGGUCGCACGCGGAGCUGCGCGAGGUGUACCGCAAGCACGGCUGGCGCGAGGCCGACUUCCUCACGCCUGCACGCGCCGCGCAACCGAGAGGCUCUUCCAACAGCAGUGCAGGGCAGGGCACGCCGUCGUCGGCGGCGGGCGGCGCGCCGCACUCGCCCAGCAACGCCAACAGCACGCUCAGCCGGCCCAUGGCCUCCACGGGCGGCACGCGCUACGAGGACCGCACCAUACGCAGGCAUCGGGAGAACGAUGACAUGCCAGCGAUGGACGUGAACAGCUAUCAGGACGGACUCGGCAUGGGCAACCCCAACGGGCGGCCUAUGAACCUUCAGGGCGUCCAGGCACAGAUGCCGCCACCGAGCAGCCGUUAGUCUGCACUAGGUGAGCCUCGACCGGCUUAGCUAGUCGCCACUCACUCACAAACGAAAUUGAAGGCUUCGCGAGGAGUCCCAACAUCCACCAUAAUUUAAUUAAGAUUACUCUUAAAUUGAUGUGCGGUAAUUUUUUUUUGUGUAAUAAAUUAUUUUUGUUCCUUCCUGUAUCAACGCUGUAUGAAUUAUUAGAAAAAAUCUUGUACUUUUACUACGAAUUGGAGACAGUUAUGCAGAAAACAGCCUUCUCUUAUCGGUAUCCCAAAUAAUUUUGUUGUUUUCUAUAAAAUUAGCUCCAAUUGUUAGGUUUAUUUGCUGUUAUAAAUUAUACAAAAAAAUUGUCAUAGAACUCAUUGGUUAUGUCAAUUAUUUGAUUUUGCCUCUCGAACACCGAGAAAAAACAUUUUUAACCUACUACAGAUAUUUCUAAAAAAUAGAAACUAAAUAGAUGAACAUUUGUAAUACUCAUAAAUGACUUGUAAUAUCUUUAAUGAUGAUAUUGACUAUGGAUAUGUAAAGGUAAAAAAAAAAAAAUGAUAUUAAUAAAUAAGCAAUUAUUAAAAUUACCCCAUUAGUCCAUUGCGUGCAAUGGUACAGUCAUUUGUAAUAAUAUGUAAAAACUAAGCCGUUUACCAUUAAUUUUACUGAUAAUUCGAAAUAUUUUCUUAUACAGUUGUAAUUGUAAACGGCUAAAGCGAUACAAGUGUUUAAUUGCAUGUACACCACACAGGGUUUGUGUUUUUAGAUCUUUGUAUUGACUAUCGUCGGGUACGCAAGCUUAACAUAUUGUAACCUAUAAUAUCUAGUUCUCUCCAAUAUUUGAUAUAGGAGGCAUAUACUGUAAUGCAUGUAGUCUUCUUUCCAUGUCUAUAGUGAGACAAACAAGAGCAUAUUUAUAAACAGGCUGACUAGAGAAGUUGUCGCAAGCUUCAAAAGGAUUGCUCCCGAAUGAAAGAAUUAUUUCGCUUCGUGCGCAGUAGCACCUAGGUAGUAGUAUAUUUUGAUUGCCGGCCCUGACUAACAUUGUUAUGGUGGCCUUUGUUAAUGCGUUCCAUUUAGAAGACUGUUUUGUUUGCCACUCUAUAUGAACUCUUGUAUGAAGUAUCUGCGAAUACAGCCUUGUUCAACUUGUGUACCGGACACUGUGGUCCAUCCUGUAUUUUAAUAAAUUGUUUUUUUUUAUUACUACAUAAUAUUAAUUCAAAUUUUGCUCAUCUGUCUCAAAGUGACUAUUGUUUUUCUAUAUACAUUGUUAAUGUGGUAAUACAAUUGCUACCUUUAGAUGGUGGGCUUUACGUAAAUUUAUAAAAUCUAAAAGAUUUAUGGACAAAAACUUUGUGAAAGUGGACAUAGUUGCAAAAAAUUAAAGUAAAAAAGGAAAUAAUAAUAAUAAGGAAUUUUUUUAUUGAUGGUCCGAAAAAAAAGUAAGUAAAAAUAAAGGCAUUCGAGAACGAUACUAUUAAUUGAUGAUAGUAUCCUUGGGUUUCGAGUGAGUAUGCAUUUUUUACCACAGUGCCAUUCAAUAAAACAUGUUUUUUUAAUUGUCUUUUUUACUUAAAUUUUUCAUAAUUAAUAUUAAUUAAUUAUUUAAAUUGUAAAAUUGUAAUAAAUUUACUAUGAUUUGUUAUAUUUUCUCGCGAAGUCAUACUAUUGAAAUUAAAUGAGAGGAAUUAUGCACAAGCAUAUAUUUAUGUCAUAAUUAUGACAGUAGUAUUUUCCCGAUAUUUUCCUAACGAUGGUAAUGGUAUGCCUAUUCCUGAUAGGGUCAAAUCACAUAUGUUUACAUCUAUUCGCUUUAACUCGCAAUUAUUUACAUUAUGUUACCAUUUUUAUGUGCAAAUAUCAUAAAAUUAAUAUGUUCUAUAUUGCGUUUAGUUGCUGACACGUGUGUUUUGUCCCUUAUUGUACAGUUAUUUACAAUAAUUUCUCAAUAAUAGAUAUUGAGCUAUAGUAACUAGAUAUCGCUUUAUUUAUUUCACACAAUGGUAUCUUGUGUAAUCUUUUAAAUUAUAAAAUUUAUGAUUAUAAGAAUCAUUCAUAAAUCAUUGUAAUGUAAUUAUUAUAAAUUUUGGUUUCUGUUGGAAACAUUUAUAAUGAAAUUAUUGAUAUGACUGUACUAUUAAAUAUUUAGAGCUUUAAUGAUACUGUAAUUCAAUUAGUUUAUCUCAGAUUAUUUAAGGGUUUGCGCAGACGCGACGCAAGUGACAAAUCAGUUUAAUGACCUUUCCGAUGGUCGCGAUUUCGAUUCUCACACGAUUUAAUUAAUAUUUUUUUUUAUAUUCAUGAGUAUUUCUGUUUGUAUUGGUCUCAGUGUUUAUAUGAUAAGUAAAAAAAAAAUUAGUAUACUGUUACAAUGUCUAUUUUGUUUAACCUAAAUGACGCUAAGUAAUUAGUCCAGUGGCAUAUAUUAUAAAUAUUUUUUUUAAAAAAAACAUGAAAUUAUAAGCUUCUUGGGAUCCCCAGACUGGAAGAAGCGUUUUCUAUUUUUUAUAUUGUUGUGGGCAAAAAAUAGAUAGAUAGAUACUCUUUAUUGUUUCCUCCAUAAGAUUACUAUAGUAAACUUAUUAUAAAUACAAAGAAUUACAAGAAAAUAUUACAUUAAGAAAACAAUGGGUGGCCUUAUCGCUAAGAGCGAUAAUACGCCGAGGCUUGUCUCUAGUUUGCGCAGACUCUCUAUUUAUUUAUAAAAACUAAAGUAUUCUAUAAACCUAAUUUAACUAUUACGUGUUUUGCCACUUUCUUACAUGUUAGAAAUUUACCUUAAAAUAGAAAGGCAAAACAGUUUAACAGUUACAAUUAGAUUUAUUACACGUUAGAGGUUUUUGUAAAUAAAGCGGUGAAUAUGUAUUAUUAAGGUUCUAAAUACCGUGUCCAUUUAUAGCGUAAAGGCCUAAUGUUAAAUUCAUUUACCGCCAUUUUAUUUAUGGAGCGAUCAUGUCAAUUCCCAAUGUAUAUACUCGUGCCAUUCGUGUAUUUUUAAUAUAUAUAAAACAAAUGGGGGUUUCAUGUAGUGUUGUUUAACGAAUUUUCUAUUUGAUCGGGACUCAUCGGUAUUGUAAUAGAAUACAGGUCGUUCGAUAUUUCGAACAAUACAUCCAUGGUUUUGUGUAUAUAAUAUUAUAUACACACGAACAAUUGUGGUUAACAUUUAAACUGUUUGUGUCGAAUAGGUAUCGCACGGUGUAUUCUUAAUAACCUCUAAAUAUAACGAUGUAACAAGUUAAUAACAAUUUAUAAUAUUCGAAAUUUGAAUAUUACUGUUAUUAUUUAUUAACAAUUAGUUUUGUAGUGAACACGUAGCCGGAAGCGGUAAAUCGAAGGACGUAUUUUUUGUCUCGUUCCAACGCUGCGCGCGCGAGGAGUACGGGUAAUACGGUCGAUUUCGAAGUCAGUGGCUGAAUAGUUUAUACGAUAUAGAGUUUUGUAAUAUUUUGUAUCCAUUCCAUGACCCUUUAUGAAUAAUUGUAAUAUAGGUGUCUAUGUCCUCUUAUUGUAUUAAGGAAUAUCCGUCUUAUAUUUAGCGUAAGAUGCAUUAAUCAUGGGACGUUUGUGUAAGCUCUCAGAUGUUUCGUUUUUAGGCGGUGUGUGUAUUUUGGGAGGGACAGUGCAAAAUUAAUGCGGCACCCCUACUACGGCGCUGAUACGAUAUGAUUGGUCAAGUGGAUAGCAAGUGAGAAUUGACGUAUGGUUAUAACGUUAAUUAUGCAAUAAAAUUCUUAUUAAGCUGGCACUAUACAUUUGGAUUUUGAUGGGAAAAAUGUAUUUUAAAAUUUAUUAAACAAAAUAUGAAGUAGGUGCAAAGUUUUUGAUGUUAGAUUUAUAUGCAAUGUACUUUAUGAUUUUCGUUGUCGUUCAUUAACACAACACUUUUUAAAUUAUCAAUUAGAAUUAUAGAAAAAUGUUUAUUUGUCUUUGAAAAAUGACAGACGAUUCCAACGUUGCCAUAUUUCGGUAAAUUAAAUUAUGAAUGUUCUUAAAGCAUAGACAAAUAUUCGUAUCUUAUAUCGUUUGUUUGUUUGUUACACUUAAUAAAGACUUAAAUUAUAGAAUACAAAGGUGUUAAGAAAAGAAUGCGUACUAUGGCGGACUUAUUCCUUAAAGGAAUCUCUUCCAGUCAACCUUUGAAUGUCUGAUAAAAUUGUGAAUUAACGGAGAGGAGAAAAAUAACUAAUUAAAAAAAAAAAAAGAAAAAUACUUGGUGUUCCAUUUACAACACGAGCACAACAUUGAUACAAUCGUCUUUUUUCUUAUAAAUUGAUUCCUUGUAUGUACUUAAUAAGUUCAUCAUAAGAGAUUAUUUGUAAAUGCAAUUUAUUUUACAACACGUAAAUAGAAAUAAAUAUUAAUUUGUCAUAUAUUUAAAAUAGCGUAAAUACAUAUGGAAUCUUUGUGUACAAAUGUUUAUAUGCUCUCUAAAGUUUAUUUAUUCUAUUCGAAAUACAGUGUUUCGGUUUUGUUUGAUAUUGCACUUAAAGUGGAUAUCAUCGACUUGAAACUAGUAGGGGCGCCGCAAAAAGCCUUGCAUUAUUAAUCCCAAGAAUAUGUCAUAACGUUGACACUAGGUUAUAGUGCAGCUAAACCAUAUCUACGUGUUAUUAAGAGCGUUGCUGAUCAUGAUACGGUUACGCCAUUUGUAAUAUUGUAUACCAUAUUGAGUGAACCUUAAAAACAGUGGUAUGUACUAAUUCCUUUAUUGAUAAAAACUUUAAACCUCUUAUAAACCUAUUUUGGCUAUUGUAAUGUUUUGUCUUUUUCUUCUGCGCUAUUUUCGCCAUUUGACAGACACUGACAAAACAGUUUAAUAGUUAACAUAGGUUUGUAACACGUUUUAGUUUUCAUGAAUAAGGUGGGUCAAAAAUAUGCGAAGUUCGGUGCCUGCAUUUGACUAGUUUUGAUUGAACCCUACCAGUUUUAUUUAAAUUAUUUCUAUUUAUAAAUUUUUGUAAAAGGAGAAUAUAAAAUGGGUAAUAUAGAGGGCGUAGUCGUGCACUCGUCGCGUUGACAGAUGGCGCCACCGUCCCCGCAUCGUACCCAUGAGCAUGAUAUUGUGAAUGCAGCUUUAAAAGUGUUUAUUUCGGUUGAUUUCCCUCCGUCGUCGGUUUUACUUUUAGUGUAAUUAUUUAUUUUACAUUAACGUGUAAGGUUUAAAUUUUAUUAGAUGGUAAUAAAUAUAAGGGUUUUGUGAGGACAUUUUUUGGAUAUAUUUUUAUGCACAAUAAUGCAUUUUCUAUACGUCCGCGGCAGGAUGACUUGACUGAGUAACCUGGUACAAACUACCUUCAUCCAGUGCAUUAUAAUGAUUUAAGUACCCGUGUAUGUAAGUUUUUGUAUCAUAUUUUUAUUAAAAUGUAAGCGAAUGUACAACACAUCAUAUACCAUAUGCUUGCCAGGGCGUCGUCGCUUCUAUGAAGUGAUUUAUAAUAUAAUUUUUCACUGGAAUAUUUUCCGUGUACUUCGGGUUUUGUGUUAGAUUUAAGAGUUAUUUAAUCACCAUUUUUAUUUUUUUUUUAUUUAUCGCCUUUUAGACGUGAGUUAGCAAAUGGUAGAGUAGAUAUAUUGUUUCAAAGGUAUAAAUAGUUUUUUUUUUUAUUUUAAUAUAUCAUCCGGUUUAUGUAUGUAAACCCUUGUAUAGUGAAUCCAUGUAUUUUAUUUAAUAUUUUUGUUUAUUAAUAUAGAGCUGCCUUUAUACAGAUCUCUCGAACUUCAAAAUUAUUUUGUAAGUUGUUGUAGUGUCACCAUAUUAUCCGAGAACUUAUCUAGUGUUACACCACGGUUUUAAAAUAUAUAAAUGUCUAUGGUCAACCAUGGGCCAUAGUGUUGUUGGAACAGUAAUACUCUAUUAUUUAUAUUUUAUUUAAAAUUUUAUAUUGAAAAUUAUUUAGCGUGUUCGUUUGUCGUUGCGACAUUAUAGUAGUAAUGUAAUGGUUCUUAUGUCAUGUUGUAUGUAGAUUUUAUAGAGCAUUAUUCACUCUUGCAUAAAGAUAAUUAUUAUAAUUAAAGAAAUAUUAUUAUCACAGAGAAUUAAAUGAAUGAUUUUUUUAAUUUUCGUUUUCUUUUUUGUUUAACCUUUACUUUUUAUUAUUUAAUUUAGACAUAUAGGUGAUAUUAUUAAAAAGUGGUUGUUUUAAAAGUUGUAUGUAUUUUGGAAUUUCUAAAAUAAGGAGAUGUCAAUCGGUAUUAAAGGAUUUGUAUGCUUUUAUCAUCGCAGUAUAUUUCAUAAGUGGCAUUAUAUAUAUUAACGAUUAGUUUAGUUUAUCAUGGCUUCCAUUUUGUUUAUUUACCAAAAGUUUCUUUUAAGUAGUCCCCCCCCACACGGUUUUCUAGUUAAAAAUUAGGUAUUUUUUACCGACUAUCGAUAAUUGGGUACUAGGCAAUGUUGUAGUAAUAUGUACAAUUAUUAUUAAUUAUUAUUAUAGUAGUAAAAUACGAUUUUUUAUCUGUUAUACUUACCGUGUCAUAGAACGAAAUGGUACAACGUUGAUUUCGUGGUGGAAUCGCUUAUUGGAUUCCAUGGUUUUGUGUGAAUUAUUAAAUAAAAAAAAAAAUCUUGUACUAAUCGAAAAUAUAUGAUAAGUGAAAUUUCCUAUUUGUAUGAAUGCUCACAUUUUAUAUUUAUCAGUAGUGUCCUUAAUCAGUUAUUGAAUUUAUAGAUGUAAUAGGCGUGUUAACCGAGUAUGGGGUUAAGUAUUAGGGCAUGCACGGUUAUGGUGAUAUAUAUAGGUAUCAUUUUUUACUCGUACCAUCUGACAAUGCGGUGUUCUGUUUGCGGACAUCGCUAAUUACACAACAGUAUUAUUCAAUAAUCAUGUACCAACGUUGCUAAUACACUUACCUACAUUUAAAUAAU